AUGGCAACUCUGACAGCAAGGAACAGUGGGAGGAGAGACGAACCAAAGGAGGGAGAGUGGAGAGUCCAGUCAUGCUGCUCCCUUGACGGCGUCGUUUCAGACCCUCAGACCAAUCUUCUUGGUCGAGCCUGCCUCCAAUAUAGUAGAGAUGAGUACGAUACUAAGUCCUUCAAUGACAGUGUAAGCGCAACGUUUCGCGAUCUCUCAUAUCAGGUGGUGAAUCAGAGCAGGUUCUUCGCCACGGCGCACGGAAACCUCCCCGUUUACGGUAUUUUUCAGUGCAGAAGCUACCUCUCCGUCGCCGACUGCGCCGCCUGCUUUACCCAUGCCGCCGCACAGAUCUUGAACUGCUCCGCCGGCAAUAACUUUGCUCGUGUCAUCUUUGACGGCUGCUUCCUCAGGUAUGAGAGUACCAAUAUACUUGAGCAGACAACAGGAAUUUUCAAUACUGCAUCGUGUGGGAAUCAAAGUGUGGAAGUAGCAGCCACUGCAUUUACUUCAGCGGCACAACAACUCCUAAUGAAUCUUCAAACCACAACGCCCACAGUCACUGGUUUUUCUGCAGCAACAAAAACUCAAGUCCCUGAUAAUAAUAAUGAUGAUGAAGAAACUAUUUAUGCCUAUGCUCAGUGUACUGAAACUAUCUCACAAAGUGGGUGUGAGGAUUGCUUGAAACAAGGGGUCAACACAGUUCAGACUUGCCUUCCCAAUUCAGAUGGUAGGGCUUUUGAUGCUGGCUGUUUCAUCAGAUACCCCACAAUUUCCUUCUUUCCUGAUAACCACACCAUUCAUAUCAGUAAUAAUCCAUCAGUUAAACAAGGAGACAUAACUGGAGCAAGCAAGUUGAAAGGCCCAGUUACUUAUAAUUAUGGGGAUUUGAAGUAUGCAACAAAAAAUUUCAGUGUAGAAAAUAAACUUGGAGAAGGAGGAUUUGGCGUUGUAUAUAAGGGCACUCUAAAGAAUGAAAAAGUAGUUGCAGUCAAGAAGUUAACUUUACGACGUCACUCCAAGAGAGUGGAGGAAGAAUUUGAGAGUGAAGUAAAAGCUUAUAAGUAA